AUGUGCAGACUGGAGCCAUUUCUGAAGAGGUCCCUGGUGGUCCUCCUUUUCCUGGGCCUGACAGAGGCCUGCAUGCCUCGUGAAGUCGCAGUGGAAGAAAAAAUCAGCAUGCUAACCGGGCUGUUGGGGUUAAUGAGCAGACUGUCUCCGGAAGGUUUCAGACAAAACAUCAUAUCCUCCUCCAAGACACCUCCCCUGGUAACCACUCCAGACGGGACAGAAGAAGAAAGUAAGUACUAUGAAAGGUUAUGGAGUCUGCUGAGCCUCCAAGUGCUGCAUGAAGACACAAGUGACUGCAGAGAAGAAGUGAAGGCUCCCCCGUCCACCACCACGGCCAGGACACUUACGAGGAACGGCAGCGGAUGGAACUUUUUGCGAUGUGCCUACAUGGUCAUGACCUUCUUCUUCGUGUCCUACAAUAAAGGAGACUGGUGUUACUGCCACUACUGUAACCCGGACAUGGAUUUGAGAGACGACCCCUGCUGUUCUUUCUAG